GCCACGUCACAUUCUCCUCACAAAGAAUCAGUACGCGCACACUUGAAGCUCAGGGAAGUGAAGUGAACGUGUCUCUAUUCCCUAAUCAACAACUUCAGCGCCAAAGUUUGCAACGCUGAAGUUACCUGCAGGAAACGGUUGAUUGUUUUGUAUUGGCGUGACUGUGUGUGAGCCUACUGCCAUGUCCACAGCCAUGGACCCCCCCAGGGAAGUCAGCUACCCGCAGUCAUCCUGUGGCACCGGGGACAGCGUCGCCUCACUGGAUGACGUCGCUGUGGAUUUCAUAGCCAAUGAGUCAUCAGAGGAGUCAGCCGGUGAGCGGGAAGAGGAGAUUGGGGCCAACACUGAGCUCACCAACAAACUCACAGACAUCCUUACUGAACAGCCCACACACACAGAGACUGUGAGUGCCCAGCGACCAGACUCCCUGUCCCUAGCGAUGGCUGAGCCAGAGCGGUGGACGUCCAGGGGUGACGGGGAGGUGAAUCUGCGGAUGGGGGAGUCGGGCUUUGCAGCUGAGCCCCCAGUCACUGUAGACCAGAUGUUUAAAACUGCAGUGGAGAGGUUUGGCAGCUACACCGCCCUGGGCUGGAAGGAGGGAGAACAGAUGAAGACCAUGAACUACCAGGAGUACUACCAGGCUUGCCGCACCGCUGCCAAGAGCUUCCUCAAGCUUGGCUUGGAGCGCUACCAUGGGGUUGGCAUUCUGGGCUUCAACUCUGCUGAGUGGUUCAUCUCUGACAUUGCUGCCAUUAUGGCUGGUGGGUUUGCAGUGGGUAUCUACACCACCAACUCCCCAGAGGCGUGCCAGUACUUAGCAGAGAACUGCAAGGCCAACAUUAUCGUGGUGGAGAACCACAAACAGCUGCAGAAGAUCCUACAGGUUCAGGACAAGCUGCCACACAUGAAAGCCAUUAUCCAGUACAAAGAUGCACUUAAAGAGAAGAGACCAAACCUCUACACGUGGGCGGAGUUUAUGGAGCUGGGCCGUGAUGAGUCCAACACUCAGCUGGAUGACAUCAUCGCUACCCAGAAACCCAACCAGUGCUGCACACUGAUCUACACAUCAGGGACCACGGGGCAGCCCAAAGGAGUGAUGCUCAGCCAUGACAAUCUGACAUGGACAGCGUUCGCCGUAGGCCGCCAUGUCCAGCUGACAGAAGCCACCAAGUCUCAGGAGAUAGUUGUCAGCUACCUGCCUCUCAGCCACAUCGCUGCUCAGAUGGUGGACAUCUGGGUCACCAUGAAGGUUGGAGGGGCAACCUAUUUUGCCCAGCCAGAUGCACUGAAGGGCUCCCUGGUCAACACGAUGAGAGAGGUGCGUCCCACAGCCUUUAUGGGCGUACCACGCGUCUGGGAGAAAAUGCAGGAGAAGAUGAAGUCCGUCGGGGCCAAGUCGUCUACUGUGCGCAGGAAGGUGGCAGUCUGGGCCAAAGGAGUGGGGCUGAAGACUAACCUCAGCAAGAUGAAUCAGAAUGGAGCUAUGGCAAGGACGCCUGUCAACUACCGCCUAGCCAAGAAGCUGGUGUUCAGAAAGGUCCGUAAGGCCCUGGGUCUGGACCGCUGCACCAAGUGUUACACAGGUGCCGCCCCCAUCACCAAGGAUACCCUGGAGUUCUUCCUCAGCCUAGACAUCCCAGUGUACGAGCUGUACGGAAUGAGUGAGAGCACUGGACCUCACACCAUCUCUCUGCCCAAUGCAUUCCGCCUCACCAGUGUUGGGAAGUUGAUCCCUGGCUGUGAGACUAAGAUCCACAGUCCUGACCAGGAGGGCAAUGGGGAGAUCUGCUUCUGGGGGCGUCACGUCUUCAUGGGCUACCUAAACCAGGCCGACAAGACAGAGGACGCCCUGGACGCUGAGGGCUGGCUGCACUCUGGAGACCUGGGCAAACAUGACGACAACGGCUUCCUGUUCGUCACUGGACGCAUCAAAGAGCUGAUCAUCACAGCGGGUGGAGAGAACAUCCCUCCAGUGCCCAUUGAAGAUGCUGUGAAGGAGGCUGUGUCGCUGGUUAGCAACGCCAUGCUCAUUGGAGACAAGAGGAAGUUCCUCGCCAUGCUGCUCACCAUUAAGUGCCAGGUGAAUGGAGACACUGGUGCUCCUGAGGAUGAGUUGACGCCCGAGGCCGUAGAGCUGUGCCGGAAGCUGGGCAGCAAUGCCACGCGAGUCUCAGAGAUUGCCGGCGGACGUGACCGGGUCAUCCAUGCUGCUAUCCAGGAGGGCAUCAACCGCGUGAACGAGAACGCCACCUCCAACGCCCAGCGCAUCCAGAAGUGGAUCAUCCUAGACCAGGACUUCUCCAUCACUGGGGGAGAGCUGGGCCCCACUAUGAAGCUGAAGAGGCCAGUGGUCAUGAAGAUGUACAAAGAGCAAGUAGAGCAUUUCUACAAAGAGGUGGUGACCCCAAGCACCCCUGACAACUCCCUUCCCCCCAAAUAGGCCUGGGAUAAAGGCCCUUGCAGAGCAGUUCAUAGAACCGCAACAAAAGACCUGCAGCCAGAAGUCUCUCUCACAUACGACAUACACCAUACAGACCACCACUCCCUGUGCAGUUCCCAUUUACUCCUGUGAAAAUGUUUUGUUAGCUUCCUGCUUUGGUUAUUGGGUUCUUGUUCACAUUUGUGGGUGUUCUAAGGAAAAACAUCCAUGAGAAGGCGUUGUAAGUCUUUGAUUUUUGAAGAUGAGUUAUUGAUGAGCUUAUUUCAACUUUAUUUGUUUUGUGAUGAACAAUAAUGCAUGAUAGAUGAAGUAGAGUUGUAUGUGAUGAGGCAUGGUUAAUGUGCUUUGAUACUUGAGACUAAAUGGCAUAGUAUCCAACAUUUCCAUAGGAAAUGGUGGUAGAAAUUUGGGCUACGUUUUGAAAAAGCGUUACUCACAAUUAUUUAUUUUUCAUUUGCCAAAGUCAAUACUUACUUGGACCAAAGACACAUUGGAUGUGAAAGAAUUAUCCAGCUGAAAAACUACUGAUGGAAGUUUUCUUCACAUCCAGUGUUCACUCGUCAAAAACGUUUUCCUAUUUAUUGUUUUGCUCUGUCUGCAUUGUUCUGGUUUCAGAGUAUUGAUGGAAGUAUAUCAUUGUUGUAGCGCUGUCCUGCAAUAAGAGAUGGCCAAUGACAAAUGAAGUUGUAGAUUUAGUUAAAGCAAAUGGCUCAAUGUUGAACUUCUGCACCUACCUUGUCCAAUAGAGAGCAUCCAAAUCACUUUUUUUCAAUGCGAUGGAACCAUAUCAUUCAAGCCAUAUUUUUUUGUUUCCUAUGUGUUAUGACGUUGUCAUACUAUGUGUGGAAUUGCCUGGUCUUGUUGGAAUGUUUUAUAACGAUUCUGUGUAAAAAUGUUGUGACCAUUGUUAAAUACUGUAAAUAUAUUUUGCCUACAUUG